AUGCCGGUGGACGGCGCAAAGGGAUGUAUAAGGGCAUUCACACAGUCGAGACGUCAAUAUCCGCAGCUAAAGGUCAUUCUCUCGAUCGGAGGCGGGGGCGCGGGCAGUGAGAAUUUCGCAGCUGUUGCAGCAGAUCCGAUGUUGACUGUGAACUUCGUGGAGACGGCGAAGAACCUGGUAGAUAAGUUCACCCUUGAUGGGCUAGACAAACUGGAGUUGCUAAUUAGUUACUCAACGAGCAAAGUCGAUUGGGAACAUCCAUCCGACCUUCAGCAAGGUACAAAUUACAUAUCUCUCCUCGCUGCUCUUCGUGAGCAGCUACCGUCGCCGCAAUAUAUCCUCUCCUCUGCGCUCCCAGCUGGCCAAUGGGCGCUACAACACAUCAACCUAAGCCUCGCGCAAUAUUACCUUGAUGUAAUAAAUCUCAUGACAUACGAUUUCUCCGGUCCCUGGAUACCGCAGUGCGGUCACCAAUCUCAGCUCUUCGCUCCUGAACAACCACACAACGACGCCGCUCACCUGUCAUGUAGCUCUGCCGUCUCAUACUUACUUGCACAGGGUGUACCCUCUCAUAAGAUAUUAAUGGGAAUACCGGUAUAUGGCCGUGGAUUCCCCGGUACAAACAGCGUGGGACAAUAUUCAUGUCUACGGCCAGACGGAUCAGAGACUUCGGACAUUUGCAAACCAACAGAUGAUGAUGGAGGCAACGAAAAGGAAGUAGUGUUCGACUACUGCGACCUUCCUGUGUCAGGAUCGAUAGAACAGCACGACACAGAGGUUGGAAAUGCGGCCUUUUGCGUCGAUAACGAGCAGAACUCAGGGUUUAUUUCCUAUGACUCGCCCCAGAGCGUCAAGUUGAAGGCUCAGUUUGUCAAGCAGACGGGUCUGGCGGGCUUAUUUUAUUGGCAUAUUGCCGCAGAUUCAACUACUGCGGCACGGAGUCUUAUUGCGACAGGGUAUAAUACAAUGCAUGAUUUGUAG